AGACAGAGACAUGGAGAGGAGGAGAGGGGAGGAGGAGGAGGAGGAGGAGGCGAUGGAGGAGGUGUGAAGAAACGACUGGACGCUAUGAGUGUGGGCUACUUCCGCAGAGUCAGCGAGAGACUGGGAGAGGACUUCGCCGAGGACGAGGAGAAAGCUCUGUUUGUGGAGAACGUCCUCUCUGAGGUGAGGGGGCGGGCCUUUCUCGUGGCCACCGACGUGACCGGCAGCGUGACCCUGCAGCGGCUGCUCCCAUUGGCCAGCCCCGCCCAGGUCGGCGGGGUGUUGGCCGAGCUGGGCGGAGCCUCCGGGGCGGAGUUCCAGGCCGUGUCCUGUGACCGGUGCGGGGGUCAUGUGAUGGAGUCUGCUCUGAGACAGAUGUCCAGGUGGACAGAGCACCACCUGGAGGAUUCCUCAGAAGCAGGGGAUUGUGGGACGCUGGAGGCCCAGGUUCUGUGCCUUUCGGGGGUGGUGACGGAGAAGGCGGCGGAGUUCAUCAGACACACACACGGAUCACACGUAGUGCGCACCCUCAUUCACACACUGGGGGGCUGCAUUGGCCCCGCCCGAUCCCAGACACAAGCAGGGGGGAAGGAGCGAAAGUCCAGCGCUGUCCUGACAGAUUUUGAGGCGCCCCCCUCCUUCGGACCUGUCCUGAGGAGACUGGCUCUGGCUCUGAUUGAGAACGUCAGCACGUGUGUGACGGACGCAGGGGCCAGCACAGUGCUGCAGACCAUGCUGACAGUGUGCCACAGGAAGAGGCCAAAGCUGUGCAAACGGCUGACCAAGGGCAUCGUGGGAUACCUGACGUCUCUCAGUGCUGCUCCCGGUGUCAGCCCGCUCCUGGUGUUUCUGAAGGACCAGGCCUCUAGCAGGCUCAUUGAGACAGUCCUCCAGGCAUCCCACAAAGCCCUGCUGCGUGACCUCUACAAGAACCACCUCCAGGGUCAGCUGGUCACACUUGCGCUCCAUCCAAUCGCCAACUUCCCCGUGCAGAGACUGACAGCGGCUUCCACCAGUUACAAGCUUUUCCUGAAGGUGUUCGAGGAGCUUAUUGAGGGCCUGGAGGCCGUAUUGGCAGCGGGUCACAUGGGUGUGAUCGUCCAGCUGGCGGAGAGCUGUGCAGAGUGGGAGGAGAAGCAAGGCCAGCUGCUGCAGUGCCUCCUGCAGGCCUUCCACUGUGCUGACCCCCCUUCCCUCCAAACCUCCUGCCUUCCCCUCUUCCUUUCUCUGCUCACACAUGAGGUGUACUACGGUGAUCAGACUGCAGGGGGCGACGGAGAGGCACAGCGCCCCCUGUCUUCUAUCUGCUACCACGGCUCUCGUCUCGUCCAGUCGCUGGCCAAGUUCAAGGACCGCACCCUGCUGCUCAACAGCCUGCGCCAGCUCCGCCCCGCUGACCUCCUGACCCUGGGAACCGACCAAUCAGGGAGCCACGUGCUGCAGGCUCUGCUGAUGUCUGCGAGUGACAAGGGGAGGGGCAAGAUCCUGAGGAGGCUGGAGGGCCAGUACGUCCAGCUUGCCUGUUCGCGGUUUGGCAGUCGUGUUUUGGAGGCGGUGUGGAACAGCGCCACCGUGAGUCAGAAGCAAGGCCUUGCCCAGGAGCUGGCUCCUAGCGAAUCGGUGCUGAGGUCGGAUCAGUUCGCUCGCCAUGUUUGGGGGAAAUUGGCGCUGUCCCACUUUCUGAAGAGGCGGGGCCAGUGGCUGGAAAUUCAGACUGGCCAAUCAAAGAAGAGGAAGAUGUUUAGCGACAUUCUGGAGUGAGAGGAUGAGAGAAGCGGGGGUUGUUACAGGGAUUUUCUCUCUCAGCUGUGCAUUGUUUUUUUUUUUUCCUACAGAUUUG